AGUGGUGUCGGUCAGGACAACGUGUCUGGAUGGCACAGGUGCCACUGAUUUAUGGAAUUUAUCGUGAGUGGCACAUGGUUGAUCGUGUUGUGAGACAGUUCGGUUAUUUACAACAUAUUCCUUGACUAUGUACCCAAUUUUUCGAAUAUCAUUUUAAGCGUGAUAAACGAUCCAAAAUAAAACAAGAAGAUAUAGAUGCAUUUAACUACACACAAUAUUUAUGGGAACAACGUCAAAAUCGUAUAUUUCGACCUCCAUUUGUAAGUGAUCAAACAGAUUACUUUCGUUGGUACAUGAGGCAUACCCGCAUGGUCAUUGGAAAUCCACAACAUGUUGUACAAAAAGGGCAUUAGUAUGUAUAUUAUGCUAGUGGUCAUGAAAUGCAGUAUCGUCGAGCUCGGAUGAUUGAAAAUGAUGAAAAUCAAUCUAAUGAAAUGAGACAAUAUGCAGAGCAAGUCGCUCGUAUUUCAAUGGAGUCAAUGAAUGCGGCCUUUCAGGGAACACGAUUGAGCUUUAAUCCUGAUUACAAUCCUCCCACUCAAUACGAUGAACCACCACCAGUACAAGUAUCUCGCCGAUCACGACAAACAACACCGAGAGAGGGUGCUCGUCGAGGUAGAAGUACCGCUGGUGAAACAGUUGAUUUUUUUGCAGGGCCCUCUAACACUAAUGUAGCGACUCACGAGCCUUAUUAUCCCACGUUUGAUUUUUCUACAGAGCCCUCUAACACUAAUGGUAAUUUUUCUAGUCAGCAAACAGUAGGUUUUGUAACUCCACAGGUUCCAAUAUCUGGUUUUGCACAAUUUAGUGGAUCUCAAUAUGGUAUUCAACAUGGUAUGCAUGAAUUUCCUAUACAUAAUUCUCCAUUUGGUGGAAGACUGAAUUUUUCGAAUGUAACUGUGUCCGAUGAUUCAAGAUUUAAUGCUAGGGCUUCACAAAAUUUAGUUCUUAUUAGACAAAAUCCACCUCGGAGAACAUCUAGGCUACACAAAUCAACUAGAUGUGGAACAGGCAGUCAUUAUCAAAAUGAGGAAGAUUUUGAAAAUGAAGAUGAAAAUGAAGAUGUAGAAGAUUCGGAUUCAGAAGAAUAAUUUUUCUAUGCACCUUUAUUCUAAAAGGCUGAAGAUUCGAAUUUUGAAAUAUGUAAAUUUUGUUGUU